AUGCCUAGGAGGGCCGGGAGCGGGCAGCUGCCGCUACCCCGGGGCUGGGAGGAGGCCAGGGACUACGACGGCAAGGUCUUCUACAUCGACCACAACACCAGGAGGACCAGCUGGAUCGACCCCCGGGACAGGUUAACGAAGCCCUUGUCAUUUGCUGAUUGUGUUGGGGAUGAGCUGCCGUGGGGCUGGGAAGCAGGGUUUGACCCACAGAUUGGCGUCUACUACAUCGAUCAUGUCAACAAAACCACACAGAUUGAAGAUCCGCGAAAACAGUGGAGGGGGGAGCAGGAGAAGAUGCUCAAGGACUAUCUCUCAGUGGCUCAGGAUGCUCUCAGGACGCAGAAGGAGCUGUACCACGUGAAAGAGCAAAGACUCGCUUUGGCCCUCGAUGAAUACGUACGAUUAAAUGAUGCCUACAAGGAGAAGUCAAGUUCUCACACAAGCUUAUUCUCAGGAUCUUCAUCCAGUACUAAAUAUGAUCCCGAUAUUUUAAAAGCAGAGAUCUCCACUACACGAUUAAGGGUUAAAAAGCUGAAGAGAGAACUCUCACAGAUGAAGCAAGAAUUGCUGUAUAAAGAACAAGGCUUUGAAACGUUGCAACAAAUAGAUAAAAAAAUGUCUGGAGGCCAGAGUGGCUAUGAACUUAGUGAAGCCAAAGCCAUUCUAACUGAACUGAAAUCGAUCAGAAAGGCUAUUAGCUCAGGAGAAAAAGAAAAGCAAGAUCUGAUGCAGAGUCUUGCUAAGCUGCAGGAGCGGUUCCAUUUGGAUCAGAGCAUUGGCACAUCCGAGCCAGACUUGAGAUCCAGUCCUGUGAACUCCCGUUUAUCUCUGUCCAGACAGACCCUUGACGCUGGGUCACAGACAAGCAUUUCUGGAGAUAUCGGAGUGAGAAGUAGAUCAAAUUUAGCUGAAAAGGUCAGGCUGAGCCUACAGUAUGAAGAAGCCAAAAGAAGUAUGGCCAACUUAAAAAUUGAACUGUCGAAACUGGACAGCGAGACGUGGCCUGGGGCGCUGGAUAUCGAGAAGGAGAAGCUGAUGCUGAUCCAUGAGAAGGAAGAGCUUCUGAAAGAGCUUCAGUUCGUCACCCCGCAGAAACGCACUCGAGACGAACUGGAGCGCCUGGAAGGCGAGAGGCGGAGGCUGGAGGACGAGCUGCUGUCCGCGAGGGGUCCGCCGAGCCGAGCCCUGGCCGAGAGAUUGAAAUUGGAAGAGCGAAGGAAAGAGCUCCUACAGAAACUUGAAGAAACUACUAAAUUAACUACUUAUUUGCAUUCACAACUUAAAAGCCUCUCGGCCAGCACCCUGUCCAUGUCGUCCGGGAGCAGCCUGGGCUCCCUGGCCUCCAGCCGGGGGUCUCUGAACACUUCCAGCAGAGGCUCGCUCAGCUCCCUCAGUUCCGGAGAGCUCUGUUACACCAGUCAGAGCGACCAGGUGGACACAGAUUAUCAGUGCAAACUGGACCUCCUUCUGCAGGAGAAAGGCGGCUACAUUCCUUCUGGACCCAUCACCACCAUCCACGAAAAUGAAGUGGUCAAGUCCCCCCGGCAGCCCGGCCAGAGCGGUCCGUGCGGGGCGGCGGCUGCAGCCCCAGGCCACACUCCCCCACGGACUGAGGCCCCCAAGUCUGUGGCGUCCCUGUCGUCCCGGUCCUCCCUCUCCUCCCUGUCACCUCCCGGCUCCCCCUUGGCUCUGGAAGGCACGUUCCCCGUGUCUGCUCACGAUGCCCCUCUCCAUCGGUUCACUGCCGACUUUGAAGACUGUGAAUUGAGUAGCCAUUUUGCAGACAUCAGCCUCGGCGAGAGUCAGAUCUUGCUGGAUUCUCAUUCAGGAGGCGUGUGCCAGUCCCUGACAGAGGAUAAAGACCUCCGCGAAUGUGCCCGGGAGCCGUUGUACGAAGGAACUGCAGAUAUGGAAAAGUCAUUACCAAAAAGAAGAGUAAUCCACCUGCUCGGGGAGAAGACGGCCUGCGUGUCGGCUGCUGUGUCCGAUGAGUCUGUGGCUGGAGACAGCGGGGUCUACGAAGGUUUCGUGAAACAGCCUAGUGAAGUUGAAGAUGUUCCCUACAGCGAAGGGGAUGUCACCAUCGUGGAGACAGCCCAGGUGCAGGUCGGCCUCAGAUACGAUGCAAAAAGGUCAAGUUUCAUGGUGAUUUUAGCACAACUUCGAAAUCUUCACGCCUUCUUGAUACCUCAUACUUCAAAAGUAUACUUUAGGGUUGCUCUGCUUCCCUCCUCGACGGAUGUCAGCUGUCUGUUUCGAACAAGAGUCCAUCCAGCCACAGAAUCCAUCUUAUUCAAUGAUAUGUUCCGAGUGGCCAUUUCCCAAACAGCCUUACAGCAGAAGACACUGAGAGUAGAUCUUUGCUCUGUUAGUAAACACCGAAGUGAAGAAUGCCUGGCUGGAACUCAGAUCAGUCUGGCUGAUUUACCAUUUUCCAACGAGAUUUUCACUCUGUGGUAUAACCUGCUUCCUUCCAAGCAAAUGUCUUGUAAAAAGAAUGAUGAAGAAAAUGAGGACUCUGUAUUUCAACCAAAUCAGCCAUUAAUAGAUUCUAUAGACUUGGAUGCAGUGUCAGCCUUACUUGCAAGAACAUCAGCCGAGCUGUUGGCUGUGGAACAGGAAUUAGCACAAGAAGAAGAAGAAGAAGAAGAAGAAGAAGAAGAAGAAGAACCCGGGCAGGAAGAAGAGCAAAGAGGUCCAGAUGGAGAUUGGUUGACCAUGCUGCGAGAGGCCUCUGAUGAAAUUGCGUCUGAAGAAGAGGCCCACGUGAAGUUGCCAGAGGGCAGUAGCUGUCCAGGAGACUUGUGCUCGUGCCCGAGCGCGCCCGAGGCGGAGGAGGACGCGGGCAGGAGAGGCGAGCAUGGUUGUGAUGACCGCGGGCGCCAGCCACCUGCCGGACCGUGCACCCUGGUCGAUAAAGAGACAAACACGGAGGAGGCAGGUGAUGCCGGGGUGGCGGUUCGCCCCAAAGACCGCAGCUGCCUGAGCUCUCGGCAGCGGCCCUUCGUGCGGAGCAGCGUGAUCGUGCGCUCGCAGACCUUCUCCCCGGGGGAGCGUAACCAGUACAUCUGCCGGUUGAAUCGAAGUGACAGUGACAGUUCAACCUUGGCUAAAAAAUCACUGUUUGUGAGAAACUCCACUGAACGGCGCAGUUUGAGGGUCAAAAGGACGGUUUGCCAGCCAGUCCUGAGAAGAACAGCACAAGAACGCCCAGUGCGCACAUCUCUAGACCUAGAACUGGACCUUCAGGCAUCUCUAACCCGGCAGAGCCGCCUCAAUGAUGAGCUGCAGGCCCUCAGGGGCUUGAGGCAAAAGCUGGAGGAGCUGAAAGCUCAGGGAGAGACUGACCUUCCGCUGGGUGUGCUGGAAGAUGAGAGGUUCCAGAAGCUCCUGAAACAAGCUGAGAAACAGGCUGAACAGUCAAAAGAGGAGCAGAAGCAAGGUUUGAAUGCGGAGAAACUGAUGCGACAGGUCUCCAAGGACGUGUGCCGGCUCCGGGAGCAGAGCCGCAAGGUGCCUCGGCAGGUGCAGUCCUUCAGGGAGAAGAUUGCCUACUUCACCAGAGCGAAGAUAAGCAUCCCGUCCCUGCCAGCUGAUGAUGUGUGAUUACACCCCCUAAAGAAAUUAUUCUGUCACCUGUUCACUUCUUAGGGAGGGUACAAGACUGAACUUUGGUUUGGUUUGGUUUGGUUUUGGGGAGGGGGGUUCUUUUUGUAAUGUAACUGUCAACUCUUAAAGAGCUUUUAUUUCACAUCAGAUUUUCAACAUGUUAAUUUGUAAAGUACCUUGAAUGUAAUUCUUGAAUGUUUAAAAAAAGAAAAAAUCAGAUAACCCAAAUGGAAUAAUCUGGUACACAAAUGUCAUCCAGUACAUACGAAUUGCCACGAGGCUGUGUUUUGUACAAAUGGAAUCGGGGCAGUGCCCGGUGUGUGUCCUGUUGAACCAACUGUUGAGAAAUAACUCGGUUUAGCAGACGGCGAUCUUGGCUUUUCCUUCAUUGUCUCACGGGCAGACUGUGAGGAUGGCAACAGGCCAACGUGGUAUCUUUGUACCAGGGGGCAGCUCUUGGCGUUUGAAGGCAAAUGUGAGUCCAGUCCCAAGUCCACCCGAAACAGGUGUUGCGCUCACCCCGUGACCUGUGUUGGAGCACUUGCUUCCUUAAAACAAGUUCCUUUUUGUCCUUUUCUUUUAGUCUAAAACCCAGAUGCCGAGUGAGAAUCUCAGAACACAGAGGAGCAGUGCUCCCGGCU